CGCGCACGCGUCUUGAAUCUCGCUGUCGCUCAUCUUCUCACUUUAGCUCUAACAAACGCUGAAUUGACGUGUUUUAUCCUCGGCAAAUAUCGUUAAAUAUCGCAUUUCGCAUUUUUUGCAUCAACGUUUUAUCGUUAGGUGUGAAAUAAUCGCGAAUUGUAUAACAUCGCGUUAACCGCUAUUCUUCGCUAUUCGAAAGAGGCGGAAGAGUAUUUUUUCCCUAACCUACUCGAGACAUGACUAAGAACGUGGUGAGGAAGCCGAUGGAGAAUGGCGAUAGCCGUGGGUCUCAUGGGCAAGCCUAUAAGGACAAGAGCAAGCCCGCUGACAUUCGUAGCAGCAAUAUCAAUGCUGCCAAAGCUGUUAGUGAUGCGAUACGUACAAGUCUUGGACCCAGAGGGAUGGAUAAGAUGAUUCAAGCUGGUAAUGGAGAAGUUACUAUCACAAAUGAUGGGGCUACUAUCUUGAAAGAGAUGAAUGUGAUCCAUCCUGCUGCAAAAAUGCUUGUCGAGUUGUCAAAGGCUCAGGAUAUAGAGGCUGGCGAUGGUACCACAAGUGUCGUUGUAAUAGCUGGAUCACUGUUAGAAUCAGCCGAACGUUUGUUGCAAAAAGGCAUUCAUCCAACUUCAAUUAGCGAUGCUUUUCAAAAAGCGGCAUCUAAAGCAGUAUCAAUUUUGUUAAAUAUGUCCAUAUCUGUUGAUUUAACGGAUAAGGAAUCUCUUGUAAAGGUUGCCGCAACAUCUCUUAAUUCCAAGGUUGUACAUCAACAAUCUAGUCUUCUUGCACCUCUCGCCGUGGAUGCAGUAUUGAAAGUUACAGAAGAAGGAAAAGAAGUGUCUGUUGAUUUACAUGAUAUUAAGGUGAUAAAGAAGUUAGGAGGUACUGUCGAAGACACUGAAUUAGUAGAUGGAUUAAUAUUUACUCAAAAAUCUUGUAAUGUUAACGGCCCGAAGCGUAUUGAGAAAGUUAAAAUUGGAUUAAUUCAGUUUUGCAUUUCACCACCAAAAACCGAUAUGGAUCAUAAUGUUGUUGUAUCUGACUAUGCAGCGAUGGAUCGUGUUUUGAAGGAAGAACGUGCUUACAUAUUGAAUAUUGUAAAACAGAUUAAGAAAUCAGGUUGCAAUGUACUCCUCGUGCAAAAGUCGGUUUUGCGUGACGCUAUUAGCGAUCUCGCAAUACAUUUCUUGGACAAAAUUAAGGUUAUGGUGAUAAAAGACGUGGAACGCGAGGACAUUCCUUUUGUGUGUAAAACGCUAGGUUGCAGGCCGAUCGCGUCGCUGGAUCAUUUUGUGCCUGAAAAUCUUGUCAACGCGGAGCUCUGCGAAGAAGUCCAAACUGGAAAUUCGAAAUUUGUCAAGAUCACAGGAAUCCAAAAUCAUGGGAAAACCGUCACGGUUCUUGUGCGUGGUAGCAAUAAAUUAGUGUUAGAGGAAGCAGAGAGAUCGCUACAUGAUGCCUUAUGUGUCAUUCGGUGUUUAGUGAAGCAAAGAGCACUGAUCGCCGGUGGUGGCGCACCAGAGAUUGAAUUGGCUUUGAAAUUGGGAGAAUACGCGGUGACCUUAGGCGGAAUCGAUGCAUAUUGCAUCAAGGCUUUUGCGAAUGCGCUUGAGGUGAUUCCGUCGACAUUAGCCGAAAACGCGGGUUUGAAUCCAAUAGCUACAGUAACUGAGCUUCGCAAUCGACAUGCAAAGGGUGAAGUAACAGCUGGAAUUAAUGUCCGGAAGGGAGCCAUCACUAACAUAUUGGAGGAGAACGUGAUUCAACCAUUGUUAGUUUCUACUAGUUCAAUAACUCUUGCUUCUGAAACUGUACGCAGUAUACUGAAGAUUGAUGACAUUGUCAAUACAAUUCAAUAAAUCAUAACAUGCAAAAUGUUAAAAUUGAUUCCGUAUUUGCAACUUACGUACAUCACGUUUAUUUCAUUGGUUGAAAGUCUACACAUUAACAAUUGCAAUCAUACGUGCUUUUUGCAAAAGUUUUACAUAAUGUAAUGCAAUAUUUUUUUAAUAUGUCACACUUGGAACAAUAAAAAGAUAUGUGAAACAUUUUAGUGUGAAAUAA